AUGGCCCUGCAUCUCUGCCAGCUCCGUAUGAACUCCAAGAAAUCGGAGGAGGGGGCGGGGAAUGUCUCCCACACUUUGGCCAGAUCGGAACGCAUCCAGAGCCCCAACCUGAAGUCUCCCCACAAGCAGGUGUCAGUCCAGUUGGACAGACCCUGGGCCACCUCUACAAAAUCCUUCCUACCAGCCUUCAUCAGCUCCAGCGAAGCUGAGAGCUUCCUAGACACCGUGGCCACCUGGAUUCUGCAGUGCAGGAUGGAGUGCAAGGAUAUCUCGGCAGAGACCCUCUACGAUGUGCUGCACGACAUCGAGUACCGGAAAAAGUGGGACACCAACGUCAUCGAGACCUUCGACAUUGGGAAGCUGACCGUCAACUCGGACGUGGGCUACUAUGCCUGGAAGUGCCCCAAGCCCCUGAAGAACAGAGACGUCAUCACCCUGCGCUCCUGGCUGCCCAUGGGGGCGGAUUACAUCAUCAUGAACUACUCGGUCAAACACCCUAAAUACCCUCCAAGGAAAGACCUGGUGAGAGCGGUGUCCAUCCAGACAGGCUACUUGAUCCAGGGGAGAGGAGUCAAGAGCUGCUCCAUCACCUACCUGGCCCAGGUUGACCCCAAAGGUUCUUUGCCGAAGUGGGUGGUGAACAAAUCGUCUCAGUUUCUGGCUCCAAAGGCCAUGAAGAAGAUGUACAAAGCCUGCCUCAAGUACCCCAACCAUUUCAAGCCCUGGCUGUUCCCCGAACAGAGCACCCUCCCUGCCGUGGCGCUCUCGGACCUCUCCAUCCAGCACGCCGACUCGCUGGAGAACAUCGACGAAAGCAGCCUGUCCGAGACCAAAGACGACCGGGGCGACGGCAGCGACGAGGACAGUGUCAACUGAGCCACGUUCACUUCCGUGCCGCCUCCCCCCCUCCCCAGCUUCCACACACCCCCUCCUUGUGCCCAACUGGGUUUAUUUUGUCUGUGUAUCCAGUGCAGUUUGUGUAACCUCAUUUCCCCCCCACUCCGGCCAGUGGUCAGUCAGGACGUUCCUCAAGCAGGCCAGGGAUGGGAGAAGGACCGUUCCCCUCCUGGUGCCAGAAGGCAUCUAACUACCUUUGAGGGGCCAGGAAGUGGGAACCCCAGGCUCCGAGCAGGAUGGGUGCCCUGGAGUGUGAGGGGGAAGCGUGUGUCUCUGUUGGCUGAAGAAAGCAGGGAGGGCAGGGUGGGACCUUGUGGGACCAAAGAACAGUCACCAUGGGCCGAGCCAUCUUCAAAAUCAACCUCGAGGGGCCUUCUGGGAGCGUGAGCCGCCUUCUGUGCUCUGCCUGGCAGCGUUGGCAGGGCGCUGCCUUUUCGGAGGGCAGGCCAGCGCUGUCAGUGUCCAGGGAGCAGGGGAAGGGGAGGGGAGGGAAGAGGUCGGGCAUGUUUCCCUCAAGGGAGGAGGGCUUGGAAAACACCUGCCCUUUGGCGAAGGAGAUGGCCGCAGCCGGACUGGCGCUCCCGGAAAGCCCCACGCUCCCCGUGUCGUUAAAUGGCUGUCGUCUGCGUUUUCUUUGUUCUCCUGUAACAGUUAGAAUUGCCUUUUGCUGACUGAGACUAGUUUACGGGACCCGUCUCCCUCGGGGGUCCCUGGCUGCGCUGGGACUCUCCCAAGAGGGUGGGGACCCCGAGGGGCCCUGGGCUCGCUUGUGAGAGGGGCCCCAGAGGUCAUGACACAUGAAUAUUUUCUCUGCGCUAGAAUUAGAGGCCUUGAAUCUGGAUUUUUGAAGCCGGUUUCCUUGUAAGAGCUCCCUGAAACCCCCCGGUGUUCCGUUUCAUGGGGGAAAAGGAGAUUUUGUACCUUGUACUGGAGCAGUUUAUUUAGGAAUAAAAUGACUAAAUCAGGCAAGAA